AAAUCCACACACACAAACAAUACAUGAAGCUCUCCACAGGCACAGCUCCGUAUCAAAGACUUAAACAAUGGAAAAGAGAGUGGCCAUAGUUGGAGCUGGUGCAAGUGGCCUCCUUUCCUGCAAAUACACAGUCUCAAAGGGUUUCCAUCCAAUUGUGUUUGAAUCUCAGAGCACCAUUGGAGGAUUAUGGACAACGACCAUUGAGACCACAGCUCUUCAGACUCCCAAAGUCCUCUACCAGUUCUCAGAUUUUCCAUGGCCACCUUCUGUGGAACAAGAAUUUCCAUCCCAGAAUCAGGUUCUGGACUAUCUGAACUCUUACGCCCACCAUUUUCAGUUGCUUCCAUAUAUCAAAUUCAAUGCCAGAGUUGUCAGUAUAAGCUAUGACGGACCAUCAGAGGAAGAGAUUGAAUCUUGGGAUUUGUGGGGUGGAACUGGGGAGCCCUUCAAUUCUAGAGGGAUAUGGAAUGUUGUGGUGGAAGACACUCUUAGCCUUUCCAUUGAGGUAUACCAAGUGGAGUUUGUGAUUCUUGGUCUUGGACGGUUCAGUGGCGUUCCAAACAUACCAGACUUUCCUCCAGAAAAGGGUCCAAAGGCAUUUCAUGGAGAUGUGAUACACUCCAUGGAUUACGCUGCCAUGGACAAUGAAAGUGCUGCUCAAUUCAUCAAAGGAAAGCGAGUGAUUGUGGUUGGCUUCCAGAAAUCUGCACUAGAUAUUGCAGUAGAGUGCUCAACCGCUAAUGGGGUGGAAACUCCAUGCACUGUGUUAUACAGGAAUGAACAUUGGACGAUACCCAAUUUCCAUCCAUGGGGUGUGCCUAUAGCUCUUCUGUACCUUAACCGCUUCUCUGAACUUUUGAUUCAUAAGCCUGGUGAAGGCCUCCUAUACAGUCUUUUAGCAACAUUUCUUUCCCCUCUGAGGUGGGCAUUCUCCAAAUUCGUCGAAAGCUACCUAAGAUGGAAGCUUCCCUUGGCAAAAUUUGGUAUGGUACCCAAGAAAAGUUUUCUACAACAAAUCAAUUCUUGUUUGAUAUCAGUAGUACCAGAGAAAUUCUACGAAGGAGUUGAAGAAGGAAGCAUCAUUCUGAAGAAAUCUGAUAGAAUUAGUUUCUGUGAAGAAGGAGUUUUGUUGGGUGAUGAUGAUGUAGAACCCCUAAAGACUGAAUUGGUAAUAUUGGCCACUGGAUUCAAUGGUGAGAAGAAGCUCAGGGACAUUUUUGUGUCACCUACAUUUCAGAACUACAUUUCAGGGUCGCCAAGUUCUGCAGUUCCUUUGUACAGGGAAUGCAUUCACCCAAGAAUUCCAAAGCUAGCAAUUAUUGGAUUUUCAGAAAGUUUUGCAAACUUGCACACAUCAGAGAUGAGGUGUAGAUGGGUAGCCGAGCUUCUUGAUGGAAGAUUCAAACUACCAAGCAUCAAAGAAAUGGCGGAAGAUAUACGUAAAUGGGAUGAAUACAAGAAGCAAAAUGCAGGGCAAUACUACAGGAGAUCAUGUAUAGGAGGCCUUCAUAUUUGGUACAAUGACCAACUCUGCAUCGAUAUGGGAUUGAAGCCCAGAAGAAAAAAGGGUUUCUUUGCUGAACUCUUUGAACCUUAUUUCCCCACGGAUUAUGCUUCUGACCCCUCAAACUAAGGGGAAUUGAAUUGUUUCUUAAAAGUGGUGAAACAAAGUUGAUUCCUGCAGAUCUUUUACUCUGCUCCUUAAUCGAUUUUCUUUUCUUGUCCAAAAACAA